CGCUCCGCGGGGACCCAGACUGUGGCUGGGCCCUUCCCGCCGGGGCCCCGCCCUCCCCGGGGGGGCGCCCCACUCACCUCCGCGCAGCCGUCAGCCUGUUGGGCCGGGCCGGGCAGGUCUGGAGAUGGGCGGGGAGCCCUGAGUGUCCCCGCAGUCAGGAGCCGCCCUGUGCCCGGCACUCAGGCCUUGCGGAGCCACACACAGGGGUCCCGGGGGUGGGGGGGCGCCCCCACGAAGAGGGCGGCCCCUGCGCGCCCGCUGCCCGCACCGGCCCGCCUGGCGGGCGCCCUCCACAGGGGCGCCGGGGGGCCAUGCGGCCUGGCGCCCUCUGAGGCCCGCAGCAUGGCCCGCGCGCUGACCUGGCGCUGCUGCCCCUGGUGCCUGACCGAGGACGAGAAGGCGGCGGCCCGGAUCGACCAGGAGAUCAACAGGAUCCUCCUGGAGCAGAAGAAGCGGGACCGCGGGGAGCUCAAGCUGCUGCUGCUGGGCCCCGGGGAGAGCGGGAAGAGCACGUUCAUCAAACAGAUGCGGAUCAUUCACGGGGCGGGCUACUCGGAGGAGGACCGCAAGGGCUUCCGACCCCUGGUCUAUCAAAACAUCUUUGUGUGCAUGCGAACCUUGAUUGAGGCCAUGGACCGGCUGCAGAUCCCCUUUGGCAGACCCGAGAGCAAGCACCAUGCCAGCCUGGUCAUGAGCCAGGACCCCUACAAAGUGACCACUUUCGAGAAGUGUUACGCCGUGGCCAUGCAGUGGCUGUGGAGGGACGCCGGCAUCCAGGCCUGCUACGAGCGCCGGCGGGAGUUCCACCUGCUGGACUCGGCCGUCUACUAUCUGUCCCACCUGGAGCGUAUCACCGAGGAGGGAUAUGUCCCCACAGCACAGGAUGUGCUCCGCAGCCGCAUGCCCACCACCGGCAUCAAUGAAUACUGCUUCUCCGUGCAGAAAACCAACCUGCGGAUCGUGGAUGUCGGGGGCCAGAAGUCAGAGCGCAAGAAGUGGAUCCAUUGCUUCGAAAACGUGAUCGCCCUCAUCUACCUGGCCUCGCUGAGCGAAUAUGACCAGUGUCUGGAGGAGAAUAACAAGGAGAACCGAAUGAAGGAAAGCCUGGCUCUGUUUGGCACCAUCCUGGAACUGCCCUGGUUCAAAAGCACGUCUGUCAUCCUCUUCCUCAACAAAACCGACAUCCUGGAGGAGAAGAUCCCCACCUCCCACCUGGCUACCUACUUCCCCAGUUUCCAGGGCCCCAGGCAGGACGCCGAGGCAGCCAAGAGGUUCGUCCUGGACAUGUACACGCGCAUGUACGCCGGCGGCGCGAACGGCGCGGACGGGGGCAGGAAGGGCCCGCGCUCCCGGCGCCUCUUCAGCCACUACACGUGCGCCACGGACACGCAGAACAUCCGCAAGGUCUUCAAGGACGUGCGGGACUCGGUGCUGGCCCGCUAUCUGGACGAGAUCAACCUGCUGUGAGCCGGGCCCGCCGCCCCGGGCGCGGACUCACGCGCGUCCUCGCGGCGCCCCAGCCCUAGGCCCAGCUGGCGAGUCGGGGCGUGGGGGUCCGGUCGGCGCGCCCCCCUUCCAUGCCGCUCUGCCCCUCGCCAGGACAGACCCUGGGUUUGCCCUCCGUGACUCAGUUUACCUCCUCGGAAACAGAGCGCAGUGGCCAGUGGGGAUGGAGGGGGGAGGGAAAGGCCCGGGUGGGCCCCUCUCGGGAGUCGCACGCCCGGCCACGGCACCCCCUGGAGCCCCCGGGAGCGAGGCGCCAGCCCCGGGAGGAGGGCAGUGGUCCUCCAGGCUGAGGGCCGGGCUCUGGUGCCCCCUGGCGGACAGGAGGCGGCAUCUCCCAGCCUGCGGUCUGGGCGGCCCAGGAACCCACCUUUCCUUGGAGAGACCCCUGGAAAAGGCUGUCCCCUUUCAGAGCCUUGCGUCUCAAAGUGUGUCCUGCUCCGGUUUGCAGACGAGGGGAGCGGAGGCCCGCGGGCAUCCCCUCUUCUUCCCCGGCUGGGGGCCGAGGCAUCUUCACGACCUUCUGUAUUUAUUCCUUCACCUUCUGUGGGGCCCCUUAUGGGGGGGCUGGAAUUAAAGAAAUGACAUUCGGAGACCCAUGAUUUCUCAGGAGCGUCCUGUUUGUCCCCCUGCGGCUCCUUAUAAGGUCGCCUGUCCCAGGCUGGCCAGCUGCACGCAGAAGGACGAAACAGUUCUUGUUACCCCCGCUGCAGGGCAGGGGGCCCAGGGCUGGGCAGGACUGUGAGCCGGUGGGUGGGGUGCCAUGUCUCUCCCUGGCCCCCUGGCCCCCAGGGACAUUUGAGCCGGCCCUCUGUUGCUGCUCACCCACCACGCACCUCAGAUGAAGGAGAGAUGGCGAAGGUUACAUUUACUCGGGACCCCGGCCUCCACCGUCCUCAGGGCAGCCCCGUGGCAGCCAGACCACCCCCAUUUUACAGACGGGAGACUGAGUCACGGAGACACUGAAUAAUCUAAGGCUGCACACCUGGGAGGUGUCAGAGCCAAGAUUCUAUUAUUCAUUUGGUACUUUUUUUUAUACUUUUCAAAAAAUAAACUUUAUGUUUUAGGAAAAAUUGUGGACAUAGGACAGAGAAUAGCUUUAUCAAGCCCACCCAGUUUCCCCUGUUAUUAACAUUGUAUAUUAAUUUGGUCUUUUUUUAUCAUCAGUGAACCCAUAUUGACACAUUACUAACUGCAGUGCAUACUCUAUUCAGAUUUCCCCAGUUUCCCCUUAACGUCCUUUUUCUGUCCCAGGACCCCAUCCUGGACCCCACAUGACAUUCAGUGUCACAUCUCCUUAGGUUCCACGGGGUGCUUAUGGUUUCUCAGGCCCGCCUUGUUUCCGACGCCCCUGGCAGUACUGAGACUUGCUGUCUGUUGUUGUGUGAGUUUCCCAGGGCAGCCGUAACAGAGUUCCAGAAACUGGGUGGCUUAGAACAAUGGAAAUGUAUUCUCCCAAUUCUGGAGGCCGGAAGAGCCCCAGGAGUGAUAGGGCUGUGCCCCCUCUGAAGGGUCUAGGGUAGGAUCUUCCCUGCCUCUCCCAGCUUCUGGUGGCCCCAGGCAUCCUUGGCUUGUCACUGCGUCAUUCCUGCUUCUGUCCUCACAUGGCCUUCUUUUGCAUGGGUCUGUGUCUGUGUUCAAAUUUCCCUCUCUUAUUGACACAGCUCUCUCUGUGUCUCUGCCUCUGGCUCUCUCGAGGAAGCACAUAACAUCACAUCACGUUGCUUUGUUCUCGCUCAUGUUAAAAUUGACCAGUGGGUUUGGGGGCAUCAGCCAGAUCCACCCACCAGGAAUUUCCCUGUGAGCCUCUCUCCUACUGGUCUUAGCAGCCAUUGAAGGUCAGUGUUGACGUGCAUCACUAGGGGUUGUAAAAAAUGGUAAUACUGUCAUACUUUCCUCUGCAUUUAUUGCCUGUAAUCAUUCUAUUUUUU